AUGUGCAGCUUGCAGAAGCUGCUAGUCUUCCGUUGUUUCCACGAAGGCCGCGUUUCCAACGCCACGAAGCGGUUUGUGAUGGCAGUAACGGGAGAAGAGCUCGUUCAGCCUCCGGACUACGCGCACAUUUGCAUUCAACAGCAGAGCGACAUCAAGAGAUUAGUGCUCGCUGAAGGCGUCACGGAGCCGCCCGACGGACUCAAGCAGAAUAUUCGGAUGCUCUACUUGAAACGGGGUCAAUCCAUGCUCGAGGAGUGCUCUCCAAGUGCUGCGUUCCGGUCGGCGAUAUAUGCGUUGUGGUUCUUGCAUGCUGUGGUUGUGGAGCGACACAAGUAUGACAAGAUUGGCCGGAACGUGUGCUACGACUUUAACGAGUCCGACUUCACGAUCUCGAGGAUGAUGCCGAGUCUCGACCUCUACAAGGCGUACGAGGACCGCUUGCAGCUUCUCUGGGGCCCACUUGAGUACCUCAUUCAUGACGCAAUUCACCGUCGAGAUGCUGCCAGCAGCACCGCCGUGUUCGGCCUCUGCUCGAACGCUGAGAUCGAAUACUACACCACGCAUAUCUAA